GGUUUGUUGGGGUGGCGUGUUGUUUGCCAAGUCGUGCUCCUGUCAGGCCAUAUUCUUGACCAUUUUGAGGAUUCGCGACCGAGACGAGGCGGCAGCGAAUCACCCGAAUCCUUCUUCCACUGCCUCACUGUUCUAUUCAAACAUCGCAUACUCUAUUCUAGGAUACUCAAGUCUAGAUUAUGGAGCUGUAAUGCGCUUGCGUUAUAG